UAAUGUCUCCAUGUGUCGAUGCAAACGACUGUCAUCUUCGCCAUUUCCCUUUAGUUCCUAUUCUUAUCAGCCAUGGCUUCCACUAAGACUAACUCUACGCAUGAUGACUCCUUUGAGCUAUUUGACUUGAGAGUUGAGGUCGUUUGUCCGCCAGGCAAGAAAAUUAUGUGUGGAGCGAAAAAAGGCGACUACUUCACGCUGAAAGGUGAAAUGCUUUACCUCCCACCGGACCAGGGGAUCAGUAUCUAUAGCCUUGCAUCCGUUCUUCCGCUUCUACCAGCCAAGCAGAGAGUGACAUCUCCCAACGACUGGAUGACUACGGAUGCACUAAUAGCUUGCCCUGAUCCUAACUGUCCCUCGCAACUGAAGAUAGUGAAGGAAGGGAUUCGGACGUUCACUCAUGCUGAGACUACUGUUGUUCCAUUGAGUGGAAACUCGGGGUCAUGAAGCAUGAUGGAAAGAGUAGCAGUUAGAUGUAUAAUAUUCAUUAAUCUGUUUGUGGGAAGAAUGAUACAUCUUGAGUGUUCAUUCCAAACAUUUCUGCCCACAUAUUAUCACACUCGAAAGGGAAGUCCAGGUUUUCCUGAGCUAGAAAUGAUAUAUCUAGGGUUGCUAGGUCGGGGGGACGUUGGGAGGAUGAGCUGCCUUCUGAGUCUGCACUGGGCCCUCCAUUUAUGUCAAGCUGGUCUAUCGUCUGUGGUACAGGCCCUGCAAGUCCUGUAGGCCCACCUUCCUGGGGUGUCUUGUGUCUCGUUUGGUUCUCUGUAAGUUUCAUAGCGACUCUUUCUAGAAACGAUGCUUGCAGGGUGCAACUAGAGCUUAUGCAUCCGGAUUGAUUGGAGAAGACCUGUGCAGCUUGCUGAAUAGCCUCUGUGCAGGUUGAUUCGAGCUGGCCAGAUAUGAAAUCGGAAAAUACAAGAGUGAUCUAUAAUCAAAAAGUGUCAGUACUUUCCAGUCAAGC